GAGCAAACUGCGCCUGGGCAACCAGUCGGGAGGGUGAACGCCGCGCGCGACAGAAGCUUCUGGCGCGAAUGGAGAACCAAGAGUUUCUAGGUUCAUCUGCGCUGUCCGAGGUGACCGAUGGGCAGGUCUCAACAGAAAUAUCCACUUGCUCCGAAGUCUUCCAGAAGCCCAUUGUGCUCAGGAUUCUCGACACUCACAGAGAGCUUGGGGAGUCCGAGGAUCCCGAGAAACACGAGAAUCCCGAGGAACCCGAGGAGGUCAGGGAGCAAGACCAGCGAGACGAGUCCGAGGAAUGUGAUGAGCCUCACGAGUCCUAUGAGCCCCACGCUCCCUAUGCGCCCCACAAGCCCCGGGACUCCUGUGCACCUUACGAACUCCAUGGGCCCCAUGCAGCCCCCAAACUCCUCAAGGCCCGUGAGCCCCGCCAGCUCCGCCACACACGUGAGCCCCUCAAGUCCCGCGAGGCCAAGGAAACCGAGUUGCUUCCCAGCGCCGCAGUAAUGAUCUCCCCAUCUCUGAUCACCAGAGCCCCGCCACGGCCUCAGCUGUCUUUCCUGGGUGAUGGAGUUGUUUCGCUCUUGUUGCCCAGGCUGGAGUGUGGUGGUGCAAUCGUGGCUCACUGCAACCUCCGCCUCCCAGGUUCAAGUGAUUCUCCUGUCUCAGCCUCCCGAGUAGCUGGGAUUACAGCAAAUCCUGUUUCCUGUGACUUUGUAAGGAAAUGUUUUUCUAGGAAGAGAACCCCAAAUCUUUCAAAGCCUAAAAAGCAAUGGGGAACUCCAGACAGAAAACUGUUUUGGGGAAAUCAAGAUCCUAUUCGCCCUGUUUCCCAGGGUGCUUUGAAGGCUCAGCUGACCAAAAGACUUGAGAACCUUGCCCAGCCCAAGGAAGUUUCCUGCCACUAUGUACCUAACAGGGAUCAAUAUUACUACAGCUGUGGAAGAGAGUCUGUAAUUUGGGAGAUCACUCCUCCUGCGUUGUUUAGACAACCCUCCAAAAGGAUUCAGAGGCUGUCACAGCCUAGUGGAUUCAAAACACAGUGUCUACUAAAUAGACCCUUUAGUGAUAACUCAGCAAGAGAUUCUCUUCGAAUCUCUGAUCCUUCUCCCCGGAUAUUACAACUCUCAGUAGCCAAAGGCACAGACCCAAACUAUCAUCCUUCAAGAAAAAUGCAAACCAAGAUUUCACUUUCUACCCUGAGUGCGAUUGCAACUCCAAGAAUUGUAGAGCUCGCCCACCCAAGGAUCAAGUUAGAGGGUCUGUGCUAUGAAAGACAAAGAAGUGAACUGCCCAUCCGUCCUGUAACUCCUGCUGCCAUGAUAGCUAAACCUAGCCCCCGAACAAUAGCUCUAGCGAAGUUCAAGUCUGUUCAUCAAGAUUAUCUACCUGACCGUGAUGCCCACUGGCCAGUAUCUUAUGCUGCUACUCAUUCCAAAGCAUCGCCCAGGAUUCAGGAACUAGCUAAUCCAAAUAAGAGGGCUCCUGUGCGUAUUGUGUAUUAUGAUCCAGAUGUCUUUAAAACCAAGCCAGCUGCUUUGAAAGCACAGUGUUCUCAAAGGAUCCGGGAGUUGUCACAACCUCUUAGACGUUAAAUACAGAAAGCCACAACAGUCAGACCCUGGUUAUGUAUCUAGGACACAUAUUAGAUGACUUAGUUCCCUGUUGUGGUACUGUCAGUUUACAUUCACCCCUUGCUUCCCCUCCCACAAAAUGAGACCUUUAGGGAAAACCACCACAAUCAUUAAAUAGCAAUUGUUGCUGUUACCUGUUGCUGAAUCUUUAGCAGAUUUGAGGACUCCAGCAUGCAAUAAAUGAGAAAAUGAGAGACUGCCUCGUUAUCCUUACUGUUUCCUCACAAGCAUCUUGGCUGCCUCAUUGCUGUAGCUGACCUGAAGAAACACUCUUCCUUAUAUUUGUGGGUUUUGCUUUUCCUUUCCCAGUGAGUUCCAUGUUCCCCAGUAGCUGAUCCUGCCUCAGUCCCUUCUCCAGUAAGUCCUGGGAAAUGAAAUCAUUCUUUGUGUUAUUUCAGCAUCCCCUUAUUACUUAGAAAAAACACUGAAAAAGUGAAGCUCUUUUGGAAAAAUUGAAAUACUUUUUAUAGUCUAUAAAUACAAUUUAUAAUUGAAAUUUAGGGAACAGGUUACCUUAAUGACGAUGUCACCAAUCUCUGUUCCUUUACUCAUGCCAGAGUCACUUACCAUGAAUGAGAGAAAAAGCAAGAUGUUUGGUAAGCAUUAAAAUUCUCUGUAAAAUUGCAUCUGCCCAGAGUUUUAUUCUCUCUAUAGAUCAGUAUUUUACAAAUUAAACUAACUUUUAUGGGGCAUAUCUAGAUUUGCAUGAAAAUGAACUUACUUGAAAGCCAAUUUUACAGAUGAAUGAGUUCUACCUUUAAGGUCUUUGUGUUACAGAGGGGUAAUACCACAUAGUAGUUUUGAACUUGAGUUUUGGAAUCAGAUAGAACCUGAAUUUGUCUCUGUCAUGGAUUAUUUACCAGGUAUGUGAUCUUAAACAAACUUCCUAAUUCCCUGUGCUGCAGUUUCUUUAUGUAGAAAAUGGGUUCCUGCAGCAUUCUUGUAAAGAUUAGAUGAUAAAAUGUAUAUAAUAAAGUAUGAAUUUGAAACAAAAAUUUUUAUUUAGAAAUUUAGCUGUGACUGGGCACAGUGGCUCAUGCCUGUAAUCCUAGCACUUUGGGAGGCCGAGGCAGAUGGAUCACGAGGUCAGGGGUUCAAGACCAGCCUGACCAACAUGGUGAAACCCCAUCUCUACUAAAAAUACAAAAAUUAGCCUGGUGUGGUGGUACACGCCUGUAAUCCCAGCUACUCAGGAGGCUGAGGCAGGAGAAUCACAUGAAGCCAGGAGGCAGAGGUUGCCGUGAGCCGAGAUUGCGCCACUGCACUCCAGCCCGGGUGAUAUAGCGAGACUCCAUCUC